AUGAUCCCGGUGUCUCCAAUCCUGGAAGUUUCCCGACCGCCUCGUUUCGUCCGCGAGGAAUGGGACGAAGUGCUGAGUAGAUUGCCGAUCGUGCACGACUGGAGGGCGAAUCAGUCUGGCUGGACUUCCUUGUUGUUUGCCAACUACAGUGUCCUGGACCGUGAAAAGGCAUUUGAGGUGCUAAGCACGUGUCCUAUGGACGACGGACUCAGUCGUGCCUGGGCGCUGUAUUACGCCGCGACUCGACCGCCUCCUUCUCGUUAA